AUGGACAUCACCAUCAUUGGGAACAACAUUUGUGGUGGGAAGGACAUUUGGGGAGACUUGAUUCAGGACUCGAUGAUUUGUGCGGCUGGAGAGUUUAGAGGGGGAGUUUGUGGAGGCGACAAUGGUGGACCUCUGCUACUCCCGUUUGCUCCCAAUGGAAACACCAGUGCUGGAAAUCCUGCCUUGGAUGUUGUUGUGGGGAUCACGUCGUUUGGAGACAAUGAAAGUUGUGGCAAUGCAACGCGGCCAUCUAUUUUCACGAGGGUCAGCAGCUACGUUGAUUGGAUACGCGAAAAGGUACAACCGCGCCAACUUCCACCUCCGGAGAUGGUUCCACCAGCACUGCCAGCUGCACCCGUCGAUGAAGAAAAGGUGGUGGUGCGCCCAUGCAACAGCAGCAGCGGCGUGGCCUUCCAAGGGCCCACCAUAGGCGGUGGCGUGCGAAGCCAGAGCGAGGAGAGUGCUCAAGACUGCUGCGACGCGUGCCAGCGGCACGACGGAGGAUGCUUCCUGUGGACAUGGCGGGAGAGGGACGGGGCCUGCUUCUUGAGGAACAUGUGGGGGGGCAGUGAGCAGCUGGAGGGGUUCGUGAGCGGGCAGUUGUUCUGA